AUCGCGUGUGCGCGUCGCACAGCCUUGACGCCGGACGCGAAGGUGACCGGCCGGAGGGGGAAGGGAGAGGAGAAGUUGACUCCGCCGUCGCCAUGUUGUCCGUGGCCGCCCGCUCCGGCCCGUUGGCCCCUUACCUCUCGGCCGCCGCCCACGCCGUCCCGGGCCCGCUGAAGCCCCUGGCGACCGGGUUGGUUCCGGCGGCCUCGAAACUGCCGCUGGACCCGAAGCGGCCUCUGCUCUGCCGGGAGUCGCUGCAAGGCCAGGCCGCCCGUGGGGGGCUCGUCGCCACCGCCAGCCUCAAUGGUGCGGGCGGGGAAGGAGGGAGGGGGGCGGUCGGCGCUGCUUGAGCAGGGCGGGGUAUGGGGUCGCUUCGCUUUCUCUCUGCCUCCCCCCGUCCCUCUCCCGCUUCAUUUACCGAGGUUUCCAGGGUGGCUCAGAGGCAGGACUGGAAGGCGUUUUCAGUGUCCCCUCUGGGCUUCAUGAAGUCUAGGGAAGGUGACAGCAAAACGCCCGUCGUGCCUCAUAGUAGUGGGCAUGCAGUGUCGGGUAGAGGGCUGCCCCACUUCAUUGAGUCAUUGAUUACAUUUAUAUCCCACUUCCCCCCGCCCAGGAGAUCAAUGGGGUGUAUGUGGUUCCCUUCCUUUCACAUUUUAUCCCCAGCACAACCUUGUGAGGUAGGCUAGGCUGAGAGGUGGUUACUGGCUCAAGGUCACCCCGCAAAUUCCAUGGCUGAGGGGGGGAUUUGAACCCUUCUUGCCCAGGUCCUAGUCCAGUACUUUAACCCAGACUUUCUCAACCUUGGGCCCCCAUGUGUUGUUGGACUACAACUCCCGUUAUCCCCACCUAGUAGGACUAGUGGUCAGAGAUGAUGUGAGUUGUAGUGCAACGACAUCUGGGGACCCAAGAUUGAGAAAGGCUGCUCUAACUGCACCACGCUGGCUCUCAUACACCUUUAGGCUGAAGGGUACUUACCUGAUUCAGAUGCUGCGGUGUACAAAACAGUUUCCCCGCACACAAGUCAGGCUUCUCCUGGCUUUCUAUACUAAGGGAGAACUUCCUGAAUGGAGUAGUGCUGUGUCUGAACUGUGGCACCUCAAACUUCAUAUGCAAAACUAGUAUGGCAGGGAUUGGCCAGAUCGCCUUCCUGAGUAGCAGUCCCCUAAACCUGGUGCCAUCCAAAUGUUUUUUGGACUACCAUCCUUUGCUUGAUAGUCAUGCUAGUGGGGGUUGUGGAUCAAAAUAUCUAAAUGGCACCAGUUUGGCUUUGAGUGUUGGACUACGACUGGGGAGGCCCAGGUUCAUAUCUUCACACACCUGUCAAGUUCACUUGGUGACAUUGGACAAGUCAACGUAAGCUGCGUUAUACAGAGUCAGACUGGGUCCCUCUGAUUUGGUGUUGUCUAUACUUUGCUGGCAGCUGUUCUCUAGAGUUUCUAUCUCUCAAUCUAACCUACUUUGCAGGCUUGUUGUGAGGAUGAAAUGAGUUGGUAUGGGGGGAAGUUGAGAUAUCUGUAAUAAAAAGUGUGAGUUUUCUUUACACAGGGAUUUAUUAUUUGCUUCAUUAGGGCUGUCAUGCUGAAGAUGGAGGCUCACAUUAUUGAAUGUUCCUUUGUACAGAACAGAAGUCCCUGCAUGCAGGCUUGGUUGUAGCCUUCUACCUUGGUUUCCUGUUUGUGGGGAAUAUUCUUACAUGGAGUAUUAUUUUCUGGCUUGUACUACUCCAAGACUGCAUAAUGGAACUUGCAUGAUUGACUAUCCCCACCCUGGCAAAAAGACACAACCAAACCCUCUACCAAAACCUUAGGUAUUAGUAAGAAAUCAAUAUGGGGAAGGGACAUUGUUAGGUGUAGAGCGUUUGCUGUGCAUGCAGAGAUUCAGUCUUUGGCUACUACCACUGAGUGAGAUAGAUCAAAAGUCUGACUCAGUACAAGUGUUUUCUUUGGAAGGAGUAUUAAAUCACACAAGUUUUUACCUGCAGCCUCAGAGGUGCACUCUAGAGCAGGGGUCAGCAACCCGCGGCUCCGGAGCCGCAUGUGGCUCUUUUACACCUUUGCCGCGGCUCCGGGGCGGAUACUAGCGAGGGGAGGAGGCGCAUUGUGUCCCCACUCCCCACUGUUUUAAAUGUUGCAAUGGUUUUGCGGCUCCCAGUUGUUUUUUCUUUGGUCCAAGUGGCUCUUUUUGUUUUAAAGGUUGCAGACCCCUGGUCUAGAGAAAGAUUUACCAUAUUAAGAGUUAUUCCUAAAAUGGGAGUUGGAAAGGGUUGGACUUGUAUAGUGUAAGGAUUGUAUCUGUGUUUUAUCUGUGGCCCCAGCAUAAUGCUUGCCACCCCACAGGUUCCCUGUUAGCUGGUUCUGCAUCACAUAUCACCAGGGGGUAGAGUCUUUUUUCUCUCACUGUUGCAGGAUCACGAAGUUCAGCCCUUCGCUUUUCACUCCUCUGGAGAAACUAACCUUUCACUUGCAUAAUAGGAAGUAAGAGCUAUACUUGGGGAUGCUGUUCGUAUAUAGGCUGAAUUUGUUCCUUUUCCCAAAUUGAAAAUUGGGAGUGGGGUGGAAUGUUGGAGGUUGACUUUUUUGUAUAGAAGAGCCCUGCUGGAUCAGAGAGCAUCAUUUCUAGUCCAGUAUCCUCUUUGCAACACUCUCCAGCCAGUAGGACUUGAUGAAACAGUACACACACUGCCCCAGUUGUUUGUUUCCAACUGGUAGUUUUCUAGUUUAUUGUUUUAUGUAUUUAAAAUGUUUAUUUUAGUUAUUUAAAAUAUUUUAUUUAUUUAACAUAUUCAUUGAUUAAAAUAUUUAUAUACCACUGUUUCAUUUAAAAAGUCAAAGCACUUUACAACAGUAAUACAUAUGUACAAUAAAAGCAUGUAGAUAUUUAAAAUCAGAUUAUCAGUUAUUGCAGAAAGAUGUUUUCUUAAUUGACUAUAUCAUAAUCCUGGCAGGAAAGAAAAGUUUUCAGCAGAUGUUUAAAGGUUAAAACAGAAGGUGGCUGCUGAAUUUCUUUUCAAGGGACUGGGCUGAUGACACUAAAGGUUUGGUUUCAUGUGUGUGUCAGAUGAGCCUUACCAAUUGUCUUUCACUUGAAAUCACAAGGUGGUGUUUAGUAAAAUUACAAUACAAAAAGAAGCAGCAGCCAAUGGGUCAGUGGAGGCCUAUUAAAUGUGAUCAACUGAUACCCAUUAGCCAGCAAAUAAAGUGAAUUCUAGUUUAUAAAAGGGCAGGUGCUAAGUUGUGGGACUGCUUGGAAGCUGUGGCAGUUAUAAAAAAAAAUCUGAUACAGUAUUUUCAGCAUAGACCCAGUUUGGGUUAUUUGCUACAAGGUUAAAAUGUAAAUAUCCCAUUUAUUAUGGGCCAAGUAUAAAGGGGAGGAUAAUAUGCUACUAGAGGGAAUUGCAGAAAUGGUUUAAAAUUUCUUUAAAAAAUUGUGUUACUUCAUUAGCUUUUUAUUGGAUGCAAAUAGUCUUCUGUUUAACUUUAGACCUUGAAAUUAAGUGUGUAUUAGCUUGUCCUGAAAAUCUUAACACAACCUUCAUUUAAUUUCUAAGGAAGCAGUCUUAAAAAAAAAAAACUUAUUAUAAAGAGAUGCUCUUAUCCCUUCAUUAGUUCAAGCUUGUUGCAAACACUUAUUGUAAUCUCUGCACAAUGUCCCAAGAGAUCCUAAUUACCUUGAGCUUGAUUCCUGAAGCCCUUAGUGUUAUUGCCUUGCAUUCUUACGAAGUCACAUUUUUAUGAAGUGCCCUCAUUUCUUAAAAAAUAAACAACUUACUGAAGGUGCAUGGUAUUGAGCUGUUGUGUCUUAAAACAGUUACAUAUACAGUACUCUAGUCAAAAUAAUUUUCCAAAUACUCCUUUGGAUUUGACUGAGUUAUCAUGCUAAAUGAACUUUGUUGAAUCCCGCCCCAUCAGAUAUUUUAGCUUAACUAAUUCCUGCAACUGGAAAAAGUUGAUAAUAUUUUCAUAAGCGACAUGAAAUCAACUAUCCAGUUUGAUUUACCAAAUAUGUCAAGCAUACAAAAUUGAAUUUGAGUCAGUUUGCAUUUGGAAGCUUUCUUAUUCAAAGUUUUCAAAAAAAACAACAACUAAUAUUACUGCAUCUAAAAGAGAUACUAAUCCUACUCUAAACUUUAGAUGUAAUUUCAUAGGCUACAAUGUAGCUAAUGAUGCCAGCAUAAGUUCACUUGUUUGCUUGGCUAAAUGUAAAUCAAGGUACUUUGGUUUAACUGGUUUGUAGAUUAGGCCAUAGAAUUCCCCAUAAAAUGUAGAGAAAUCUUCUAAAUUUGUCAAUUAAAAGUGUCUUUUAAAAUUUAAUCAAGUUCUAAGGUUGCCAUAUUUUGAAGAGCAAAAAAGAGAAUACAGUUGCUGACUUCUACUUUUAACUAUGAAUCGCUAUGACGACACUCAUUUUACAUACUCAUGAAAAAGAGGACAACCCUAUAAAGGGCUACUGGAAUGGGUUUAACAAAACACUUUGGAAUAUUAGGGAUUUCUUUACAGCAUACAAAACACACCAGAUUUCUCCCCCUUACUCCAAUAUACAGUGGUACCUCGGGUUCAGUACUUAAUUCGUUCCAGAGGUCCGUACUUAACCUGAAACUGUUCUUAACCUGAAGCACCACUUUAGUUAAUGGGGCCUCCUGCUGCUGCCACGCCGCCAGAGCCCGAUUUCUGUUCUUAUCCUGAAGCAAAGAUCUUAACCUGAAGCACUAUUUCUGGGUUAGUGGAGUCUGUAACCUGAAGCGUAUGUAACCUGAAGCAUAUGUAACCUGAAGCGUAUGUAACCCGAGGUACCACUGUAAUCAUAUUUGUGUUCUUUUCUGGUUUUUACUAUCAUUUGAUGACAAUUUAUAGGCUUCCCAGCCAGGAGAUAAUAGAUUUUCAUGUAUAAUUGCAGGAAGAAAUAAAUGGAAUGCCUGCACCUCCAUAAGGUGAUUUAGUUCUUGUAUGGAACUUAUAUGAAAAUCAAUAGUUAAAUGUUCAUGAUAGUUAGUGUAGUACCAAAAAUAUAAAUUUUAUGGUGUCAGUCCGGUACCAGUAUAAUGUCCUGUAAUUUUAAAAAAAUCAGUAAUUGGUUUUCUCCAUUCUUUUGCAGCUCCUGCUAGCAUUCGUUACGUCCACAAUGAUGUCGCUGUGCCUGACUUCUCUGACUACCGUCGUCAUGAUGUAACAGAUGCUGCAAAAUCAUCCCAAGAGAGCAGUGAAUCCAGGAAAGUCUUCUCCUACUUUAUGACAGCAACAACCUGUGUGGCGACAGCAUAUGCUGCUAAGAAUGCUGUCACUCAGUUCGUCAGCAGCAUGAGUGCUUCUGCUGAUGUGUUGGCAUUGUCGAAGAUUGAGAUCAAGCUCUCCGAUAUUCCUGAAGGCAAGAAUAUGACUUUCAAGUGGAGAGGGAAGCCUCUCUUUGUGCGUCACAGAACCGCAAAAGAGAUUGAGCAAGAAGCUGCAGUAUCUUUGACUGAUUUAAGAGACCCCCAGCAUGAUUUAGACCGAGUAAAGAAACCUGAAUGGAUCAUCCUGAUCGGUGUUUGCACCCAUCUUGGCUGCGUACCCAUUUCAAAUGCUGGGGAAUUUGGUGGCUAUUAUUGCCCCUGCCAUGGGUCGCAUUACGAUGCGUCUGGCAGAAUCCGCAAAGGUCCAGCUCCAUUAAAUCUCGAGGUUCCCUACUAUGAAUUCCCUUCGGAAGAUUUAGUUAUUGUGGGUUAAAUUUCUGGAUGCCUGGCUCUUUAUUUCCUGUAUGUAUGCAGAGGAACGAGGCUGGUGUUCAUGUAAUGUAUUUAAAAAAAAAAAAUGAGUGGAAAGUAUGGCUAACUGUCCCAAGUCACUGUUCAGAUCUGAUUGUUUGUGUACUUGGUCAGUUUUAAUAAAGGAUUAAAGUGCUUUCCCAUAA